GAUGGCGGGCGCGCGCAGCCGCAGCUGAGCAGGCGAGCACGGGCGGGUGCGGCGGGGGCUGAGGCUGAGAACCUCCGAGCUGGUCACCCUCUGCAUUCUGAGGACAAUCUUGGGAUCUGCUUUUUUUGCCUUCAUUCAAUCACUUGAAGCCUGGUGAAAUACUGAUGGCAGCUCAGAUGACCAAUGCUCAUCGGCGGUUCUUGCAGGUUCUGAUGUCUAAUGGGAUAACAGAAGGAUCAGAGGCCAGAAAAUUACACCAGCACUGCUGUGAAACUGAUAAAGUUUACUAUGCACACGAUAAACUGGAUGAUUUCAUCAGCACUAUUAACAGCCACCUGCAGCCUUUGUUUAUGCAGAUCCGGAAAGGAAUAUCAGAAGAUGAUGGGAGAGCACAUUAUGCUGUAGUGAAUUUGGCGGAAACGGAAGUAACUAAAAUGGCAUCUGACUAUACAGAAAUUGAAUUGGAAUUGUUCAGAAAAACAAUGGACCUAAUAAUUUUAUCAGAAAAUGGCUUUGCCUCAUCUACAGAUAUUUUAAACUUGGCUGACCAACUUAAGACAAAGAAAAUGAAGAAAAAAGAAGCAGAACAAGUGCUGAAAGUUUUUGUGGAGGAUAAGUGGCUUUCUGAGAAAAAUGGAGACUACACUCUGCAUACUCGUUGCAUAAUUGAGAUGGAACAGUACAUUCUCAGCAACUACCAGGAUGUGGCAAGGAAAUGUAACAUCUGUCGCAGCCUUGCCAUCCAGAGCCAAGUAUGUGAAUCCUGUGGAAUUGGAAUGCACUUACCUUGUGUCAGAAAGUACUUCAGAGGCCAGACUGAACCCCGCUGUCCCAAGUGUAAUGAAUUCUGGUCUUGUGACACCCCAGUUUUCUUUACAGGUGUGAAUCGGAUGGGUUCCAAUGGUACAGACUUACCACAGAGCUCCACUCUUGGCCCUAGAUGAUGCCAGUAAAACUUGAUGUCAGUGACAUCUAUUUGCCCCCACUCUGGCAGAACAGCCAGACUGUAUUGUAUUCAUUAGUAACAGUGCUCAGUGUACUCAUUUUCUAAAGUUCUUAGAAUCUUAGAAUAAAACUAUCAUUGAUGUUCCUGUUCACAGUAAUGCCUGCA